GUGUAUAGGUGGGUUCUGUUCCACAAUUGUUGGAAUGAUUCAGUUGAGCCAAGAAUUAUUCAGGGAACAAAAAGAAUUAAGUUUUAUAUUGCUUGGGAAACUGAAUCAAGACGCGUUGGAAAAUUUUUUUUAUAGGGUCCGGGCUAGCCAGGGUAUCAAUACCCAUCCGUCUGCCAAUGAGAUACAGUAUAUAGUAGCUCGUUUAAUUUCGAUGAAAAUUUUGAGGCAAAAUUUUCAAGAUAAGGGGGCUAAUUGUGAGGAUGAUGACGAUAUAAAUUUAGACUGGAACUUAGGCCCCGAAGAUCGUCAUCUCGAAGUAGAGGGAGUCGAACAUGAAACAGAGCAACUCGACCUGGAAUCGUUUAUUAUUCCAGACGAAAACUUUGUUGAAGAGGACGACACAGCUGACGUCCAGAUCAAGCGCUAUUACACAGGCUAUGGUAUUUACCAGAAAAUUUUGUGUAAAAUUCAUUGCAAAAAAUGCGCUAUGGCAAUGACAAAGACACAAAGUGAUUUAUCGCUUUAUUCGGAGGCCCUAAUCAAAGCGAAAAAUUAUAAGGAUGACGCGGAUUUAAGGCUAGUCAAUCCAAGUGAUAGGGUCUUCGAAGUGUGUCGACUGCAGAUGAUGUGGUACGUCAACCUUUUCAACAAAUAUGCUUAUUGUUCAAAUGUUCGUAGUCUGAUGUUGUCCGCAAUAAAAGAAAAAACGGAAAAUGUUUUUCCUGAGUGGUUUGACCCAACCGAUGAGUGUUUUACUCAUAAAAUUAAGUUGUUAGAAUACUUGGUAACGGUACUGUUAUUCAAAAACUCGAAAUGGUUAGUAAAAGAAGAAAUUAGUAAUGAACGACAUCGGAAGCGCGAUGCUAAACUAAAAAAACUUAACUUUUUCUUCUAUUUUCAGGUCUAUCUUGUUGUAUUUUCAGGUAUUUUUUUUUCUUAUUUUUCUCCUUUUUUAGCUUUGCAACUGAGCUUAACUUUUUUAAACACAAAUGUUGUUUCCAUCUUGUUUAAGUGCAACAUUUGUUUUUAA